CAUUCAAUGUAGACAGUGGAUGUAUUUUUCUCAGUAACUAUUUGCAGGCCACCAACUGAAAAGCUAGGAUCAUUCAACCAGGAAGAUUUUCGGCAUGUGUAUGGUUGGGCCUAUGAGGCCAACAACCUGCAUCACCAAACCUGGGCCUGAGUUGUAUGGAAUUUAGAACCAUUGAUCUUCAUUCUUGCGGUGGUCCUGUUAAAUAUAUGAAGUUUUCAAUUGUUUUCACCACUCAUGUCAAGGAGAUUUUACUAUAUGAAUAUGUGGGAGCGUGUGCACCCAAACUGACUGACCCAAUUUAAUCGGAUUUACUAAUUGGGGUUGGAUUCAGGCCCAUGAAACCUGAACUGACAAUAAAUCAUGCCUAGAUCAGAUAUAUGAAUUUGAAGUCUUUUCCUUUAUUUGAUUAUAUUUAUCAUUUAAAUCAUAUAAAGGCAAUCUUCAGGUGUGGGAUUCUAACUCUGAACCUCUCUGUAUCCAAAGCCAUUUUGAUUCUAAUUCUGAACCUCUCUGUAUCCAAUUCCGUUACUCUUGUCUAGAUACGAAUGCACCCUCACAGCUAGUUUUGGUAUGGAUUCUUAGUGGUGAAUUAUUUGCUAAGCUAUUUAUUAAGGAGUAUUUAUUGUUUUUUAUGUUGAUACACCAGGAUGUAGCUACCUUGGAGCAGCAACCAAGCUGCACAUUGUCCCUAGAAACAUCCCUUUCAAAGCAGAAUGUAUGCAGAGAAAAGGCAUGCCAAGGCUGCUAGAAUUAGGGAGAAAUAUCCAGAGAGGAUUCCUUUGGAGAAACACCGGAGAGCUGAUCAGGAGCUGAAGAAGCGUGUAUUGAAGUUGGUAUUCUGUCUUCAAGAAGCUCGGUCCCAAACAUGGAAGCUUCAAAGGGUAUGUGAGAUAACAGUCAAGAUUGCUUUCUCAGAUGAUAAGGAUUGUCUGGUAGUUGUAGUUUGUCCAUUUUCAUUGGAUGGCAUUCGCUUCGAGCUCGUUGUUCAGGGUAUUCAUGAACUAGAAUCGAUGAGUCCACCUACUACACUCCAUUGUACAAUUUAGGAUUAGUUUGAUGAACUACUUCAUAAACCCAUUAUCGUGCUAAUUUUAUGUUUCAUAA